GUUUUGUCAGGUCGUCACAAACCGCAGUCCGAAACAACUCUGCUACGGGGCGCAAAAGGAGGGUGGACAGAAUGACUCAGCCCAUGGACUUGGCCAACAUCAGGACACACAGGAGGGCGCCUCAGUCCUCCUCAGGUCCGAGGCAACCUGAGAGAGCUUUGGCAGGAACCCCGCUGUUAGAAAGACGACGCCAACACCGAAUCCAGCCUCAGGCUGACCAGAGAAACCGGCAAACGCUAAAACUCACAUCUGAGUCCGUUCAUGUGGUGUCACUGCAGGCACAGAAGGCCCAUGGCCAGAGUUUACCCAACAACAGAGCAGCUACAGCCAAAACCUCCCCACCAGAGCCCCCUGAAUAUGAGGCCCGGGACAUCAGUGUCAGGGUCAUGUCUCCAAAGUCAGUCCUCAUCUCCUGGGUUGACCCUGCAGUCGAAAUGGGGAAAGUUGACCCCGAGGCAUCCAGAUCAUACACAGUCAGGUUCAGGGAGAAGGGGGAGUCAGCACGCUGGGAGUACAAGGAAAGCACCCAGAGGAGAAUGAUGAUAGACACCCUGUCUGCUGACGGCAUGUACGAGUUCUCUGUCAGGAUCUCUCAGGGAGAAAAACAGGGCAAAUGGAGCGUUUCAGUCUUUCAAAGGACUCCUGAGUCGGCACCAUCUGGGCCACCGGAAAGUUUUGAAGUAAAGCCACUAAGAGGGAAAGGAACUGCUGUGAUUGCAACUUGGGAACCUCCAGAAGAAACAAAUGGAAGGAUAAGAGAGUACAUUCUGUCUUAUGUCCCUGCCAUGAACCCAUUUCGGACGAAAAGUGUAACAUACAGUGGGGGGACCACCACGGCUACUAUUGAUGGCUUGACACCAGGAGAGCGUUACAUUUUCAGGAUCAGAGCCACCAACAGAAGAGGAGCUGGACCCCAAAGCAAGGCCUUGAAUGUUGCCAUGCCACGGUCCAGCAGCACUUUGUCUUCACAUUCAAAACCCAAGGACAGCAAGGACACUGGUCACACUACAGUCAAACAGGAUAUCGACCCACAGCCCACAAAGGUGCCAGAGGAUCCAGUUACAACCCCUAAGCCACACAAUACAAACAGACGUCAUCGUCCACUUUCCCAGACGCGCUCCUUUCACAGCGUCUUCUCUACUAUCAGGGGCUCUGUCAGGAAUCCAGUAAACAGAGGCUCGACACGAGUGGCAGAGAGAGAACAAGAAGAACAAAAAAAUGACAAAAUACCCACAACUUCAUCUCCUGUGAUAGAAACAACUACAGUUGUGCCAGAGACCAAAGAACUGGACAACAAUGUUUCCCCUCUAUCUGAGGAGGAAGUUGAUUAUAACGAAGAGCUCCUGUCUACCGAAACACCCAGCCUGAAGGUUUUGACACCCUCCCCAACCAAGCCUGUGUAUAAGUAUCCUUAUCGACCAAACAGGAGGCCAAUCAAGAUCAGGGUCCAUAAAAAGACUGGAUCUAAUAAUAGUUCUUCUUUGUCAUCCACUGGUUUAACUUCCUCCUCUUCAACUUCCUCCUCAUCAUCCUUUGCUGCUUCUUCAGCUUCCUCCUCGUCUAAGAACACAUUUAUUUCUUCCUCCAGAUUACCAUCAUCAUCACAUGCAGAAUCUUCAAUAAUGGCUUCCUCAGAUAUUCAAGAGUCAGCACAAAGUCGAAUGGACAAUAUAGGCUCUACAAAUCAUGAGACCAAAAAUAUAGACAAAAUACCUGAACCAACUUCAUCUAGAGACAGUUUAAAACUAGGGAAACCUUCGAUUACUGUCAGUUCACAGGAGACAGAGUCUACAUUGCCAGGUACCACGGCAGAGCGCAGAGGUAAUGCUGGCUUUCGUCUUGGUUCAAGAUAUAAUUUUGGUCGACGACAGCCCGGAUCUGUGCUUCGAGGGAAUUUGACUCGAUUGCCUAAUGGCUAUAAACCAGCUGUGACCACUCAUUUAAAUAUACCAGGCCAAAGUCAGAGACAAGUGUCAUCAAACACACAUAGCUCAGAAAAAGAACUGUCUUCGUUAAAAGAAAGAAGCCAGAACCAUGAAACAUCAAGUCCUUCCAGUCCAAAAUUUCCCAAGUCAACUUUAGGAAGCUCAUUGGACCACCAAACGGCAUCAGAUAUACCCGUUUUUGAUAAAUCAAAGGUCUCAUCAGAGUCAAGGUCUCAUGAUUCUAAAGUUUUGCAAGGCAGUCAUGCAUCCACAUCACAAAGUAGUCCAAGCCACAAUUUGAAUGUAGGUUCUUCUCGAUCCACUUCGCAAACACAACCUUCAACUUCACAAGGCAACAGAAAUUCACAGGGUUCAAACACAUCGUUUACUCAAGACACUUCUUCCAGUAAGAAAACUGAUGACAUCAAUUACAACAAUAGAAAGGAUAUAGAAGACACUGCUAAGGAGUCAACUUUAAACUCCAGAGCUCACACCACAAAGGAAAUUAGGAAAGAAGAAAUACAAAUCGAAAGUACUAAUAAAAAACCUGUGGUUUCUCGCACAAGAAUUAGCUCUUCAUUUGCUGAACGAUUCCCUUGGCUAGCAGAUCGCUAUCCAGGCAAGUUCACCUCAGGUUUGGGGACUCCAUCUUCCAGAAAGGAUGCCAGGACGCCCACCAGGGUGUCAUCAUCUGUUGGUGCUGACAGACCACUCUUAAAAGAGACACAGACUAGGGUUUCUGGGGCUGCAGGUGCUUCAGGAGUUUCUCUAAAGCAAGAGCCUAUUGAAGAUCUCAAGACCACAUCCAGACCCGAUUCUAUAAAGAAUGGUGUUGUGAUGAGCGCUGUGAAACCUCAUUUGCCCAAUCAACAUGCAGCAACAAGUGACACUAGAAAUCCAACUAGGAUGCCUUCCUCUGAAACUUUAACUUCUUCAGAUUCUGGCUCCUCCUCACUUAAGAAAUCAAGUGGGCUCAGAGACUCCAGUGAGGCCAUCCAUAAAGAAAUAUCUAAGACUGAGGAUAAGAGGGACAAUGUUGAUACAAUUAGUACAGAGAGAAAUAGGAAGCUUUCAGACCCAACAGCUGCCCAGACAAAUCCUGCAUCUCCAUCUGUACACAAAAAUGCAGACAACAAUGAGAGUGUGGCUACGAGAGAAAGUUUGUCCAGGACGAGGCCUGGCACAUCUUCUGGAAUAAGUCCAAGUAUUCGUCGUCCUGGCGUAGCAAUGAAUGGGAGAGUACGGUCUCCUCUACUAGCUAACAGACAGCUUGGUGGAUCAAGGCUUACUGUCACACCACAGCUAGUGCAGAACUCUCGACUUGGUGCGUCAACAUUAAACUCAUCUCCAACUUCUUCCUUAAACAUGCCCAAGCCAGUCCUUACCUCUACCAGUGACGCUGAUAGUGGUGCUCCUGUGAAAAAGACUGAACUAAUUGGAGGAAACACUCAUUCCACCUCGUCUUUACCUUCAUCCAGAGACAGCUUUAAGAACCAUGGGGUUAGGACGCGAUAUCCCAUAAUUGGCAGGAAACCAAACAAUGGAGGACGGUUCAAGCCUGGCAAUGGAAAUGGUAAAAAUGGAAAGCCCAAUCUGACGGCAACAAAUAAAAAAGACACCGCUCCUUCUCAUGGAAGCAGUAAGGCCGUUGGACACAAGUUCAUCACUGGGCCUGAUGGGACCAGAUGGGUGGUUGACCUGGAGAAAGGUGUUCUCAUGAACCAAGACGGACAAGUUCUUCAGGACUCUCAAGGCAAACCCAAGAGAGUUGUCCUUGGAGAGGAUGGACGCACCAUUUUUGACCAUAUGGGCAGCCCCCUCGUAAGCCAGGAAGGUAUUGCUUUGUUUGGACAUGGCAGAGAGAGCCAGCCUGUGGUCAACCCCAAAGAAAAGGUUUUCAUGGUUGGAGGAAAACCCGUUCUUGGUUUGGAUGUGCCUCUUCCCAGAACUUCCACCACCACCACUACUUCGGCUCCCACUACCACCUUAGAACCAACCACCACAGAUUGGACUACAGAGGAUUAUAGCACUGCACUUCCCUACCCAACUUGUCCACCGGGAACCUUUGCCAAAACCGAUCAAUUUGGAUAUCCAGCUCUUGAUCCAGAUGGAAUUUUGGACUGUUAUCCCGAAGAGGAAUCCUCAGGGAUGGAAAUGGACCCUAUGCUUACAGUGGCCAUGGUGCCUGAUGCUUUAGGUCUUGAGAAAGAUGAACUAUUGGUGCAGACCACCUUACCACCAACUACCACUACCAUUCCCACAACUACUACCACUACUACAGCGAUCCCAGCUACACAGCCACAGGCCAGGCUGCCCAACAGAGGUCCUUUAUCGGAGUUCGAUAUCAGCGGGAAGAAGCGCUUCACAGCUCCUCAUGUGAACUACAUCCAGAAGGACCCUGGUGCACCUUGCUCUUUAACGGAGGCUCUGGAGUACCUUCAGGUAGAUGUCCUCGAAAACUUAAUGGAGAAGGAAAGCAUGGCAGUCAACCAAAACCAACCUCCAAAACACAAACCUCAAAACUUGACAGUGGUCGCCAUGGAGGGCUGUCACUCUUUUAUCAUCCUGGAUUGGGCCAGACCUCUGAAAGAUGACAUGGUGUCAGGCUACAUGGUCCACAGUGCUUCCUAUGAUGACGUCCUCAACAAUAGGUGGUCUGCCAGAGUCUCCACUGGGACCCACCUGCCUGUGGAAAAUCUCAAGCCUAACUCCAGGUACUACUUCAAAGUGCAGGCCAAGAAUGUUUUCGGUUUGGGACCCUUCAGCGAAACACUCACCUAUGUCACUGAGUCAGAUGAUCCUCUUCUCAUUGCCAGGCCACCUGGCGGAGAGCCAAUCUGGAUUCCUUUUACCUUCAAGUAUAACCCAGUCCACAGCAGCUGUAAGGGCAGUCAGUAUGUCAAACGGACUUGGUAUAAAAAGUUUGUGGGUGUCGUUCUGUGCAAUUCUCUACGCUACAAGAUCUUCAUGGGAGACGGUCUGAGAGAGCCUUUCUACAGUAUAGGAGACACAAUGGGCCAAGGUGAAGACCACUGCCAGUUUGUUGACUCCCACAGAGACGGAAGAACAGGGCCAGCUUACCUCUCAGAAAAUCUGCCCUCAGCACAAGGAUAUUACCGCGCCUACAGACAGGAGCCAGUUACCUUUGGAGUCAUUGGCCGGCGUACGUCUCAUCCAUUCGUUGGCUGGUAUGAAUGCGGCGUUCCUAUCCCAGGAAAGUGGUAACUCUGCUUGAAGAGGACACAUUUGCUAUGAAGGGCAGCAGCUCUGCAUCCUCCUGCAGGCUCUCCCACCUGCUCGUCUUCUCCGUUGAAAACAGACUUUUGCCUACAAGCACAAAGACACCACUACAAAUGUUAUACUGCUUCAAAGAAAGAAAACAGUACUUCUACACAGCUAAAUACAGUAUAUACCAUUACAAUGCACUUUUUAUGUAAAGCAGUCUGUAUAUGAUGAAAAAAAAAGCUUUCUCUUGCUUAGCCUAACUAUUAUUACAACGUGUUCUUGGAUUAUUAACUGACAGGUCCUUGCCCAGUGUUAUUUAUCUCAUUAAUAACAAGCCCACACGAGGUGAAUCCAGUGACACUGGACCAGAAUAGAAACUGCAGGAUAAACUGUACAGGUGAGGACUAGAGAUGUGUAUAGGUCUGUUCAUUUUCAUCUAUGGUAUUUGUAAUGCAUAUUGUUAUGACUUUUUUUUCGUUUCCAUUCAUGUUCCACACCCAUCAUACUGUUUUCAAUACCCCAUUUGUACUCUCUUUGAAUUUUUUAAUACUGCAAUGUAAGUUUUAUCUGUAUACGGAGAAAGAAUAAAAGACUAAAUAUGUGCUCAGGAAAUGUGAGGGGUUGAAUAAAGGUGCUAUUAAAAACAACUGCAAUCCAAAAA